AUGGAUCGUCCGCCUCCUCUCGUGAACGCCGUCUACUACCCGUCGUGGCGCGUGUACAAGGACAUUCCGCCGUCCAGUCUGCGACUCGACAAAAUCUCGACCAUCUUUUACGCGUUUGCAAUCCCCCAACCGGAUGGUUCUCUCGGGUUCCUCGACGAGUACGCCGAUGCGCAGAUUGAUGUCGAUGCCGAGCACGGCUGCCUCGACGCACUCGCCCGCGUGAAGCGCGACAACCCGCACGUGCGCACGGUUCUGUCGAUUGGCGGCGGCGCGGGCAGUGGCGCGUUUGCCCAGACCGCAUCCACCGCGACAGGGCGCACGGCCUUUGCGCAGGCCGCACGGGCGUGGGUGCAUCGCUACUCGUUUGACGGCGUCGACAUCGACUGGGAGCACCCGGCGACCCCCGCGGAGGGCCGGGACUAUGUGCUUCUCCUGCAGGCCUGUCGCGCCGUGCUUCCUUCGCCGCAGUACCUGCUGGCCACGGCGCUGCCCGUCGAUCCGUCCGUGCUGGGCCGGCUCGACGUGCGCGGCGUGGCGGCCCUCGUCGACCACAUCAACUUGAUGUGCUACGACUUUGCGGGGCCCUGGAGCACGUCGGCCGGCCAUCACGCACAGCUGUUGGCGCCACCGCAUCUGCCGUCAGCACAAUCGGGCGUGCAAUACCUGCUGGACCGCGGCGUGCCGCCACAGCGCAUCCUCCUGGGCAUCCCUGCGUACGCGCGCGUCUUUUUGGGCGCACGCUACGAGGGCGACUCGUUUCAAAAGAGUGCCACUGACGAUGACGAUGACGACGAAAAAGAAGAGACUGAGAUGGACUACCGCGACGUCCCUGCCGAAUGGAAACAGCAGGGCGUGCUCCACGUCGAUCCUUCGCGAGCAGCCGCAUGGGCCGUCGUGCCGCGUCGCCGGGGCAAGGGAAGUGGCUCUGCCUUUGUGAGCAUGGACGUGCCAGCCACAGUGCGCGCCAAGGCCGAGUUUGUGCGGCGGGCCGGCCUGGGUGGGCUGUUUUACUGGACAGGCGCCGGCGAUGCUGUCGAAACAGGCGAGAGUCUCGUGGCCGCCGGGUUCGAUGCGCUGCAUGGGUACUAA